CUCGCAGCAGCUGCUGCUGAUUGAACGCGAGGUAAAUAAUAGCGGAACCAUGUUUUGUUAUUACGUGUGGAUAAUGGUUAUUUGUAUCUUGGCACGCGUACGAGAUAUCGGUACUGUUUGAAGGAAGCAAGGAAAAAAAAAAGGAAGAGGUCCGUUGCAUCUCGCGGAUGCGAAGCGAAUCCGUCUGCGAUUGCAUCGCGAACAGACGCGAAGUAUCUCGCCGCGAGAAGUAGAUAGCGAUACAUGUAUAUAUAUAAAUAUACGUACAUAUAUAUUUAUAUAUAUACAUAUAUGCACACAUAUAUAUCUUUCCACUGUACCGCGAAUUCUUGGACGUUACGAAACUAUCUCGCGCCACGGGCAGCCAGCAGCUUUCCCAUCGCAAAUGGGAAAGAUGAACCAGAGAUUUAUCAGACGGCACAGACGAUAGUCGGGGAGUUAUUUUUGAUUGACGCCUCUCCCGUCACCACGACGUCUUUCCGUGAUGUGAAAGUGGAUCGACGUAUGUACGUGGUGCUCGCCCACCGUACGUGCGUGCGAUUCGUUUAACUUGUGCCUGAUAAAGAGUCGCUCCGAGUUUUCCUAUUCAUCAUGGUGCACGGUGCCAUACCGAGCUCAUACAAAUACAACUUUUGGGCGGAGAGGCCCGGGGAUGAGCCCUUGGUGGUGGAACUCACGUGCCUCAUGCCAAACGGUGUUGUCAUACCGUUUGAGAUCAAUCGCAAUAUUACCUUGGACCAGAUCAAGGAGGAUCUGUGGGAUGAGGCUAGUAAGUACCCUCUUCAUGGAACGUUGAAGGAUGCACCGUCCUAUGUAUUUUCGUGCAUCAAUUCAAAUGCAGAGAUAGAAGAAUUGCGAGAUGAAACGAGACGUCUCUGUGAUAUAAAGCCGUUUUGUUCGGUGUUAAGAGUUAUAGAACGUGAAGGUAAAGGCGAUAGGAAUUUAGAUUCACAAAUUGGUGUCUUAAUCGGUAAAGGUCUGCAUGAGUUUGCUGCCCUGAAAAAUUCCGAGGUCAAUGACUUUAGAUGGAAAAUGCGUCUCUUGGGGGAUGACGUAGCUUUAGGUAGACAAAAGAAAAGCUGGACGGAAAAGGUGCAUUAUCAGUUUCCAUCGAGAGUAGCAGCGCCGACUGUACCUAAAAAUAUUGAAAUUCGUUUGAAGGACGGAAAUAUCGUUUUAGUUACUAAGUUCGAAAACUCAGAGACAGCAUUUACCUUUCAAAUAGCACAUACCACUACGCCACCUGAAUUGCUCGAGAUAAUCUUGAACAAGAGAGCAAACACUCUCAAUACUCGGGGUGAACAACCAAACGACUUUACGCUUAAGAUUUGCGGACAGGAGGAGUACUUGAUCGGCGACAAUAUUCCGCUCAUACAGUUUAACUAUAUUCAAGAUUGCCUAGCAAAAGACAUUGUACCGACGCUAGUUACGCUCAGCAAACAGAGCGUACCUGUGGACCAAGAUAAUGCAAUCGACAAUCCGGAAAUGGACACGUUGCAGCGUACGAAACCCUCGUCUUCCACGUUAACGUUGCGCAAAAAGGGCAAGCAUAUUUCGGCGUGGAAACUCGAGGAGCCAUUCGUUUUCACUGUGAAUAAAAUUUCCCGACUUAAUUGCGACGCCGCUCAACGUACUGUAGAGAUUGGACUGCAAGCUGGACUUUUUCACGGUGGAAAAUCGCUCUGCGAAAGUCAAAAAACCAAAGAAAUUAUUGUAAAUUCCGAUGGUAGUUGCGAAUGGGAAGAAAGUCUCAAGUUUGACAUCAAAGUCAGAGAUAUACCGCGAAUGGCACGGCUGUGUUUUGUAUUGUAUGAAAUCAGCAAGACUGCAAAAGGCUUGAAGAGCAGAAAACUGGUCAGGGAUUCGAAACAGGAGUUCUUUAUAAAUCCUUUAUGUUGGGCAAAUACAACGAUAUAUGAUUUUAAAUCCCAGUUGAAAACCGGUGCUAUGACAUUGUAUACAUGGACUUAUGCGGAAGAUAUACAAAACGACGAUUUACUUCAUCCUCUUGGAACAGUGGUCUCGAAUCCUCAUAUAGACAGGGCAGCUGCUCUCAUGUUAACGUUUCCAAAUUAUGGAAAGGAUCAAUGCGUUCUUUAUCCUACACCUGAAAAAAUGGUCGAAUACGCCCAAACAUUGCGAGAACAAUCAAACGAACGUCCGGUUAAAGACGAAUUGAAUCAAGAAUCUGAUGUUAGUCAACAAUUGGAACAAUUAAGAUUAUUAGCUGACCGGGAUCCAUUGCACGAAUUACACGAGCAAGAAAAGAAGACAAUGUGGAUGUUGAGGCAUCAUUGUCUUCGUGAAAUUCCAACGCUUUUAGCUAAAUUAUUACAAUGUGUAGAAUGGAAUGAUCAUAGGGAAGUCGCGGAAGCUACGGCACUUAUACAACAAUGGCCAAAAUUGCCGGCGGAGAAGGCUUUGGAAUUAUUAGAUUAUGCUUAUGCGGAUCAAAACGUUCGAAAUUUUGCAGUCCAUUGUUUAAAGGACGUCACCGAUGAUGAUCUCAGUCUUUAUUUGCUGCAGCUCGCUCAAGCUUUAAAACAUGAAAAUUAUCUGGCGUGCCCUUUGACGGAAUUUCUAUUGAAACGGGCACUGAAUAAUCGAAGAAUAGGACACUAUUUAUUUUGGCAUCUCAGGUCAGAGAUGCAAGUCGGUUCGGUGUCAGUUCGUUUCGGUCUUAUAUUAGAAGCGUACUGUAGAGGAAGCCAACAGCAUAUGCGAUCGUUAUUCAAGCAGCUCAAGUGCUUGGAUAAAUUGAGAAGCGUUUCGGAACAAGUAAAACAAAAAAAAGAUCGUAAAACGGCCCUCCAGGGCUUUCAGGAUUUUAUUCAGGAACCGCACUGCCAAGAGGCGAUAUCCAAUGUUUUUAAUCCUCUCGAUCCACGUUUCAGGUGGAAUCGCAUCAAAAUUGAAAAGUGUCGGGUGAUGGACAGUAAGAUGCGACCACUCUGGCUAGUUUUCGAAAAUAGCGAUCCUUUCGGUGAAGAUAUUUACUUAAUCCUCAAACAUGGAGAUGACUUGAGACAAGACAUGUUGACACUUCAAAUGCUACGUAUUAUGGAUAAGCUCUGGAAAAAGGAGGGCUUGGAUUUGCGUAUGAAUCCGUAUGGUUGCAUAUCCACAGAGAAUAGAGUCGGAAUGAUAGAAGUAGUGUUGAAUGCAGAAACGAUCGCGAAUAUCCAGAAAGAAAAAGGCACGUUUUCUGCGACAGCAGCCUUCAGGAGAGGUUCUUUGUUAGCUUGGCUAAAGGACCACAAUCAUACGGAAACGGCAUUGAACAAAGCGAUCGAGGAAUUUACCUUGAGUUGUGCAGGUUACUGCGUCGCGACUUACGUUCUUGGAAUAGCCGAUAGACAUUCUGACAAUAUAAUGGUCAAGAAGACUGGACAGUUGUUUCACGUCGAUUUCGGUCAUAUCUUGGGUCACUUUAAAGAGAAGUUUGGAUUCAGACGCGAACGCGUGCCCUUUGUUUUAACCAACGACUUUGUACACGUUAUAAAUAAGGGCCAAACGAAAAAGGGUCACGCCGCCGAAUUUCAAAGAUUUCAGAGUUAUUGCGAGCAAGCUUUUUUGAUAUUGCGUCAACACGGGGGUCUUAUAUUGUCCCUAUUCGCUAUGAUGAUAUCUACUGGAUUGCCUGAACUCUCAUCGGAGAAAGAUCUGAAUUAUCUUAGAGAUACUUUGGUCCUGGAAAUGUCCGAAAACGAAGCACAAAAGCACUUUAGGAGUAAAUUCGAUGAGGCUCUUUGCAAUUCGUGGAAAACGUCGUUAAAUUGGGCGUCGCAUAAUAUGUCUAAGAAUAAUAAGACUACGUGAAGGACGACAAUCGCACUUUGCGCGAUAAGUCUUGAAAACUUAAGAAUGCAAUUACGACAUCAUUGAAUAGUGCGCGUUAUCAAUGUUAAGAUGUACAUUCUGACACAUUUGUACGUCGUGAUUGAUUGCCUGUCUGGGACACUACUUGUGAACUAGUAAAGACUGUCGUUUCCAUAACUCCAAUACUGUCGUUAGGAUUAAAAAAUUGACGAUCGUAACCAGUAUACAAUUGAGACUGUUUAAAAUCGAUUGUUGCUGCUGCUAGCGUCAGUGAACGUCGUACUAUCCGAAAAUUGUCUCUCCAGACUCGAAAAUAUGUUAGGCUCGUACAUUUUUUCAGAGCCUUAUUACUCUACGCAGCAUGAACAGUCGGUGCCGUAUAUAUAUGCCUAUGUUCGGUAUAGUAAAAUACGUUCUUCAAUGACGGACGUACGGUACAUAUCACUGAACAGAAUACUUUUUAAGUUUCGCUCAGCUAAAGUCUAGUUUAAGUUUCCGUCGAGCGAUCUUAAAUUUGAAGUCGUGUAAAAUUAGAAACUGAUUUUAUUUCAUUAAAAAAUUGGAUAUUGCAUCCAAAAUACUUAUAGUGAAACGCCAAGAGAUCUAUGUGAUGGUUGAUACACGAAUUAUUUACUUGUAACGAAAUAAAUCAUAAAAGUCUUACAUUAUUUUCGUCAACGAUAGAGAUAUGCCGAUUUUAAUUAUAACAAAAAUGUGUGACAAAAUAAAGACUUUCGUUUUGUCAAAUGUGAUACAGAAAAAUGCAACACGCGUCGCAACGUUUUUUAUAAUUCGAAAAGAAGCUUGGUGAUUGUUUCAAUAAUGGACGAUACGGUUUCUUCCGCAUCGUCCAUUGGCAAUGACAGUGUGUGAUAACCCAAAGCAAUAUCUAUUUUGCGAAACUGUGACCGGACGAAGCAGUAUCGAUGAAAAUAUCAUGAUUAAUCUCGGGCAAUCAUAAUCUUGAUCCUGGGAUAAUCUAUUUCUUCUUUGAAUAUCAAUUAAGCGCGAAAUUAACUGCAGUGAUUUGCGUAACUGCCGACUGAAAAUAUUCUUUUCCGUGUCGAAGAUUAAUUUUUUAUUCGAGAGCAAGAAGAAAUGAUAUUUCAUGUCGAUGACAAGUGAAAUCUUUCCUAUUAUUAUAUCAUGCGUGUGAUAUCGUGUUUGAGAUACAUG